AUAAAAUAUUUUAAGACAGGGAUUAUUCGAACUUUCAUCUAUUUGCCGACAGAUGGCUCGUUUGUUUACAAACUUAUAAUUGUGUUGGUGAUUGGUGCCCAAACGCGGGAGUGUUAUUUAAAUAAAACGAAAAAGCAAUUUAAUUAUUGCCCAUUAUGGUGAAAUCGAUUCCCGUUGAACAUCAGGUACCGGCAUAGGAACACGCGUGUGAAAUUUAGCCCGGCGGAUUUCCAUAACCUCGAAUUCUUCUAAAGAUGACAAACAAAACUUCCAAGUCGGUGCAAAAGGCCAAAGCUGGAAGCGGCGCUUGGCAGGUCGUUAAACAUUUCGAGCCCAAAGUCAGUAAAUUGUCGGAAAUCCCGCUCGUAAACAACGACUUCGACCUCCGAGAUAUUUGUGCGAAACCGGCUCCGAAGUUAUACGGAGUCAAAACGAAAAAAUGUGCCGACAGGCCGCAUUCGACGAAUAUCAGGGAGCCAAGUACCCGGAAAGAUCGAUUUAAAACUGUCAAGCAGUUCGUGAACCACUCUUCCUCAUCAAACGAGGCCCAAGUUGCGCGCAACGUACAAAAAAAGCGGGCAAGAUCUUCGCCCGCCAAACAACCAUUUCUUAGAGUUAAUGAACAACCGGCAGCGUCGAGCCCGCGGUUUUUGUCCGGUACGGAUCCGGCGUUGCUCAAAAACCGGGUGAAUUUGAACCAUCUGAAGGAGGAAAUACUCAACUACAAAAAGGACGGCUCGAAAAGAGACCGGGUCGAUUUCGAAGAUGCCAAAGUGAAGGGUCUGAGGGACGAAAUUUAUCAGACCAAGGACCGAAACAACUUGCAGAGGCAGAUACUGAUAACCGAGUUGAAAACUGAAAUAGCCGAGUACAAGAAAUUCGGUAGCUACCACGUUUAUAACCUGCAUAGCGAGCAGACGGUGAGUAGGAAAAGGUCGCCGACGAAUGGAGCCCCGAAUUCGAAAUGGGGCCGCGACGCACCCAGAUCGAAUGCAGAAUUUGAGGAAACAUCGACGGAGGGGGUUACCGAAUCAGAGGUGGAGUCGUUGGGAACCAUCUCGGAACCAUUAAGCAAGGGAUCCUCGACGCUAACCGACGGUAGCGACAUCAAGGACGAAACGAACAACUCCGCGGAUAACGAUUCGAUCAAGUCGAAAAUAAACGAAGCGAACGCGAUCAUCGGUCGCAUCAGGGACGCGUUGACGCAAAUCAAAACGAUGAAACCGCCCGAGAGCUCCCGGAAAAGGGCCGAAAGUAAUUUUAGCGACGCGGUAAACGAUUUGAGGACGGAAGCGGAGAGUCUUCUGUAUCAAAUCGACAAUCGCGGAGACGAAACGCUCCCCUUAUCGCGGCCGAAAACCAGAAGAAACGAAAACGAUGACGUAUCGUCGAAGGGCGACAAAUUUCUAACAGUUCCCGACGAUGGCGAAGUCGAAGUUACUAGCAGCAUCGAGGCUUUGCACGCUAAGCUGCAUACGAUAUCCGAAUCGACGGAGAGCAGUUUUAGUACGCCGAGGCAGCGAAAAAGCACAAACGAAAUAGCAAAACAACAUUCCUCGAAGGAACUAGUGUCUUUGGGGUGUAAUACCGAGGUGACGUCCGCAUCCAAGGAAAUUCAAGUUAGCUGGGAGACUAGGAGCGUCGGAGUUCAACGAGAUCACAAUUCGCACAUAAACGCGAGCACACAAACGUCCCCCCCCAAAACUUUCAUUUCGGAAACUUUCGACCUGGUCCGCGUGCCUCCGCGAUCUACCGACCUAAGUCCAGCCAGUUUUGUCAUACAGGACGUUCAUGCAACGAAAACGAAAGCGAGGCCGGAUUUAAGCUUUCAAAGUUUGGGUGCUCAUUGCCUGAGUCCGAAGCGCUCGACGAAGCUUGAAAAGCUCACCAUUCAAUCGCUCCCCAGUGUGACAAUUCCGACGGGAAGGUGCGUUCAAAGAACACUUAAACUGUCGAUAGCUCCCGAUGGAAUAUGCCAAAACCAUCUAGAAAACUCAGCCAACGUGGCUUUUGUGGAAAUCAAACACUCGAUUUCAGCCGAUUCAGUGCGUACCGUUCUGCAUUCUUGUACCACGGGUUCCGAACCUAAACAAGGUUCGGUAGAGAGUGGGAAAACAAUCGUUUUUCGAUCGUUACGCCACCUAUCUAGCAUAGACGCGUUAUUUUACAAAACGUUCAUCGAUCCCGAGGGCCUCGAGGGCCGAAAAUCCCUCGCUUCGACGACGGACUGGGUUUCGGAAGGGCCCGUACACGCGUGGGCGGGGCUGGAGUCGAAGGAGGUGCAAUGCCCCGAUUCGCUUGUUAUAAACGACGCGACACCUUCAGAAAUUACGGUGACGUUGUCAUAUUCAACUGAAGAGAUCGAGCCGAAGCACGCCACUGGCGAGAAACGCUACGCGCACGCCAAGUGCGGCGUUCAGCAGGCCGAGUUAGAGUCCGAUCGAGAUUGCAGCGGCAUCCAUCGAAACCAUGAUCAAACAACACUUUCUACGAACGAGACGCAAUAUGGCUGCUCAUUUGACCAUUUAAUCGCGAAAAACGCCGCUACACACCUGGAACUGGCCAGCAACGGCCGGUACAAGGACGAAGCGAAUUUAUUUUGCGAAAACACCCGCGUGAUUUCGCAACGUGACGUUCGCAAACAGCGCGUUAUCGGGGAUUUUCCGAAGUUCCAUGCGAAACACUUUCGAAACAACAAAAUGGCCGUCAACGCGGCAAACGCGCUCAAGAAACACGCGAAGAAUCACCAGAAGGUCGCGAUCCACAAGAAAUUGAACUACUUUACCAACUGGGUGACGUAUUACGUCAAAACGAAGGAAUUUUUGACUGCUGGCGAUUCGGGUGAAUGAGUGUCGAAUUAAAAAGCCUUAAACCACAGUCUAGCAGUUUUGGUUAGUUUCUUUGCGUAGACGUUUGAAGGUGCUGUCGCUAUACUCGAUCACCCACGAUCAAAAAUUUUCAUUUUACAUUUUCAAGCAAAUCAUCAUCCACCAGAUCUCAAACUUUCACAGAUUUCAAGGAAAUUUUGUGGAUUUUUAAUAAUAAUAAUAAUAAACGGUUUUUUUUAUUAGUAAAAAAAAACAUAUACAUAUUCACAAUAUAAUACAAAUAGUUAGUAGCUACUCUACUGAACACCAGAUCGUCGGAUUAUUGCACAAUGUUUUUUUAAAAUUAUAUGAGAUAAUUAAAAUAUAAUGUUGUAAGAUAGAGGUAUAACGUAACUUAAGAUUAAUUAGAAAAGACAACUAUAUACAUUGACAGAAACUGGGAGCUACAAUACUAUUCUUUUAAGAGAAUCUGCAUAAUUGAAAAAGAAAACAGGUAAAGUCUGUUCAUAGAUAUAAGAAUGUGACUAACAGAUACGAAAUAAGGAAAGACCCGGCAUGCUGUAAGAAUAAAAUAUGGGCGAACAGGUCCGUACUUAGAAUUUAAUUAUUUUAAAUCUGAAAUAAAAUUACAAAUCAUUUUUAUUACCUAAGUUACUUAAAAUUAUUCACAUAAUAUAUCAGUAUCACUAUCGCUAU